CAACAACAACGACAACAAUCAAGAUAAUGAGGAUAAUUUUAUUCACAAUACCAUUACUUCUCAAUUGAAGACAAUCUUACGACCAGAUUUGUCUGACUUGGAGAAAAACAUCAUCCAUCAAUCACUACUGAAGUCCCAGAAGAUAAUUACCAAUAUAAUGGCGGAUAUCUCAACUUUGGUUUUGUUAGACCUUUUGAAACGAACCACUGGUCCACCUGUAGAAAUAACUAGUAUUCUACCUGAAUGUAAGAUUACCAAGGUCCUUCCACCACCACUGAUCUCUCCUCCUUCUUAUGAUGUCAAGAAACUCAUGGCUAGUCACAACAAUGCCACCAAAGCUGAACGACGCCUAUUUGAAUUGUAUACUUUCGGCCAUUUGAUGCAUCUGUUGACUGCAACUCAUAACUCUCAAGAAACCUCUCUUACUGACACUCCAGGUCCUUCUACUUCUUCAAGUCAUGAUUCCAACAAGGAUGGUAUAUUGAAUUGGAAUUUGGACUUACCGGACAUCACCAACCUAAACCUUACUGAUAUGCCGCCUGGAUUAUCUACCAUUAUUCUACCUUAUGUAAAUACGUACGCCACCAAUUUAAAGAAUAUAUAUCAAGGUGAUAUAGUGGAUCGUCUGCUAUCAAGAACUAUUAUGACUGUUCUUCGGUGUCGGCUUAUUCUUCCAAAAAAGGACCAAAAUAAGAAUGAAUUGAAAGAAAGGUAAUGCAUAUUGAUGAUUUGAUGAUGAUGAUGAUGAUGGAUGGUCCACAUUAUUAACCUAUCUAUAUAUAAUUAGAAAAUCACAACCAAAAAGUCCCAAGAAUUCUUUUACAG